UUCCGCCGGUAUAUAUUAAUAGAGGCGGAGGGCAAAAUUAGCUUAUUGACAACGUGGGACGCGGAAGAAGUUUCGAAAUUCUAAGUAUUUGUUAGAGUUUUAAUUGGAAACGUUAUGUAAACAGCAAUUGUUGGCACUGUUUAAACUGAGGACAAGUAAGUGGCAUUACACUUCGCAAAAUUAAUGUUUUCAGCUUCGUCGCUGAACGAGGUUAAACUUGGCUUUAGCUAAACUAGAACAACCUGUUCUUGGUCGAUUUUUACAAUGGACGCUGUCAUAAAAUUCACCAGUCAAAGUCAAGGAAGGGACCGUAUAUUCAGGGCAACCCAGUAUGCAUGUGCACUGUCGAUAUAUUUACUCCGAAACCACUCUGAGAGAAAGGACCUUGUGGCAAAACUUAAAAAUCUGGAGACCCACAUGAGCGCUGGACGAAAACUGUUCAGGCUGGGAAACACGGCAAAUUCCAUUGAGGCUGCUAAGCGAACCAUGCAACUCUCUGACCGAGUGCUGUCCCUGUGCCUCACCGCGGCCAACAUCACCCGCGCCCUCUACUUUUUCUGUGACAAUGUACUGUGGGCCAGAAGCGUCGGCCUUCUCCGCAAUAUCGACAAGGAACGCUGGAGCGUAAACGCCUCUCGCUGCUACUUCUACUCGCUAGUUAUGAAUCUGACCAGAGACGUUUAUGUCGUUCUCCGGUUGAUGCUUCAAAAAGCAAGAGAUAAACGCUGCCGACAGAAAAUGGAUCAGCAUCUCAGUGAGAGUCCUGAAGUCGCUGAAGCUGUCAUUCCUCAGCUGGAUGCUUUUAUCUUCCUGCUUUUGGAAUCCUUCAAAUCAGAUCCAGCUCUUGCCUUGGACACUCUGAAGAACAUUUGUGACCUCUUCAUUCCCUUAGAUAAGUUGGGCAUAUACCAGUCGCACGGAGGAGUGAUUGGAUUCUGUGGUCUGAUGUCGUCACUGAUUGGGAUCCUCACCCUCGCGCGGCCCACGUUAAGAAUCAAACCAUAACAAGGGUGAAGAUAAACUCUGCUGACUAUCUACUGAUAAAAGGGUUAAUAAUGAUAAGUGUUGAAAGGAUUUAGUGUCAUGUAGCCGAAGCUGUAAACCUUAACUGGUGAAAUGAGGCAAUACAUGACAGGGGCAUUUGGUAGCAUUUUUGCUUUAUUUGUUUUACAUCAAACUCAAGUCAGCAAUAACUGAAGUGCUUGCAAUUUUCUACAAAUACAGAAUUUAACUGGUUUGUACUGAUUUUUUUUAUUAACUUUAAAACUCUUUUUUCAAAGGGAGCAAACCAAAUUGGUAUAAUAUCCUUGUGCAUUAUUUUGUAUUGUUAUGUUUGUAUUAGAAGAUCCAAGCCUUGACUGUUUUACAUUCCUGUUUUCUACAACACCACACAAAACACUAGCAGUUUAGUAUUUUACUUCCAAAUCAAGGGCUCUUUGCUGAUGCAAGUGUUGGCAUCUACUUUUGAAAAGUGUUUCUCUGGGAUGUGUUUGUCACUUUAACUUGAACUACCUUUCUCCGCUCUCUACUUUGUGAUAAAAAUCCUGUAGAGUGGAGAGAUGAAUAAGCUGCUUCUCAGUCAAAUGUGCUGUCUGAGGUAAAAAUCAUUUGGAGAUUUCCAGGGAUGUCAUACGUGUUUUUAAUAUUUCAUUCUCAUUUAAAGAAUGGAGUUUGGCUGUGAGUCGAGUAAUUUAAAGACGGUACUGAGAAUAUGGAAAAUGUGGAAAUAAUCUGUCAGAUUCUUAAUAUAUUGUUCAACAAUUGGA